CAACCAUAACCCCCACCCCACACCACCCCGCCCCUCCCUGCGUUCACAUUCCAUUCUCUUCCCCUUCUUGUCUGCAACCUCUCUGACGCUCCCCACAUUGCUGUUAUUAAUGUGCUUCAUCUACUUGUUUAUUUAACUAUUUGAUUGCCUUUAAUUCGACAUUUCACUUCAAUGCUUCUGAUUUCAUUUUGAUUUUAGUUUUGCCUCUGUUCUCGCUGCAUUUAAUCUGCGUGGACUGUACCACCGGAGUGGAAACAGUAGCUUUCUCUUGAAGCAAUAAUAAUUGAAAUCUUCUCCUCCUCUUUCCCUCCCUCCAUCUCCCUGCUUCUUUUAUACAAGGGCGUUUCGUUGCUGCUCUGAUUGCCAUCACUAAGAAAUUGGUGUGCUACCAAACGUCAUUGAUAAUAUCAUCACCAACCGAACAUCAGCAAUAAAGAUGAUAAUGAGGAGGAGAUUGGCUUGCUGUGCUAGAGACAUGAGGGAAAUUAGUAUGGACUUUGACGAGCAAGAAAGAAUCAUGACAUAUAAUGGCCUGGAGAGGUGCAUUCUCAACAGCCAUUCUUUCGACAACGAUAGUGGAACUAGCAGAGGCGACGGAUGUGGCGUCAGCAUCACUGAUUCCUUGGACGAGGACGACUCCAGCUGUUCUUCCAGCAACAAUGCGUCUGGAUCGUUCUCGUCUCUCUGGACAAUAAUGAAGAGAGACGAUGCCUGCGUCGAAGAGUGGAGCUUCUCUAUGACGCCCAAUGAUACAGAAAAGAAUCAUAAGUUUUCGGACAUCGAGACAAUGAAAGAGAAGUUCGCAAAGCUGUUGCUAGGUGAGGACAUCACAGGAGGCAUGAAAGGGAUUUCCACCGCAUUGGCUUUGUCCAACGCCAUUGCCAACUUAGCUGCCACUGUAUUUGGCGAGCUUUGGAAAUUAGAGCCGUUGCAAGAAGAAAGGAAAAGAAAAUGGCGAAAGGAAAUGGACUGGUUGCUCUCCCCGACUAACUAUAUGGUUGAAUUGGUUCCCGCCAAGCAAAAUGGUACCAAUGGACGGACGUUAGAGAUAAUGACACCAAAAGCUCGAUCCGAUAUCCACUUGAAUCUCCCGGCCCUGCGAAAGUUGGAUUCCAUGCUUAUUGAAACGCUUGAUUCGAUGGUUGGAACUGAGUUUUGGUACACGGAAUUGGGAAGUAGCCGAGCAGAGGGGCGACAGAGCAGGCGGUGGUGGCUGCCUUCUCCUCGGGUGCCAAACGUCGGACUCUCCGACGUCGAGAGGAAACGAUUGCUCCAUCAGGGGAAAGUGAUCUAUCAAGUAUUCAAAGCUGCCAAAGCCAUCAACGGAAGUGUCUUGGUCGAAAUGCCGGUGCCUAACGCGAUCAAGGACGCUCUUCGUAAGUCAGGAAAGGCAAGCCUCGGGGAGGAGCUGUACAAAGUUCUGGUGGCAGAAUCUGUCCCCGCCGAGGAAAUGAUCAACUGUCUGAAUCUGAAAUCGGAGCAUGGCGCUCUAGACGCCAUUAAUCGACUGGAAGCGGCUGUGCUCGUGUGGAAGGAGAAGAUCACCGAGCACGAGAACGUUAAAUCUCCUGUUCGGACAUCGUGGUCGUUCAUCAAAGAUCAUAUGUCCGAGGUCGAUAAGGCUCAAGUGUUGGCGAACAAAGCCGAAGUACUCUUGCAGCAGAUCAAGAUCAAGUACCCGAAUCUCCCUCAGACAUUCCUCGACGUCACCAAGAUCCAGUACAGCAAGGACGUCGGGCGAGCGAUUCUCGAAGCCUAUUCCCGCGUGCUAUCCAACUUGGCGUACAGCAUCCUCUCCCGGAUCGGCGACAUCCUACAGGAAGAUGUGAUGAGCAAUCCGAAUUCGCCUGUCGCCAUGUCGCGCCUCGUUGGUGCCAGAAUUCCCGGGAUAUCGGAUAGCCCCGUGCUGGAUCGUGUUCGACACUCCCUUAUCCAUCAGCUGAACGUUGUUGAUGGAAAGACGAGCAGCAACUCAGACACUCCCGACGACCGCGACGAAGCGAGGAUCAGCUCGGCGACGGCGACGCCAAGUCGGAGCCGGGUGUGGUGUAUCGGCCGGGAGGCUUGCCGGAGUGCAUCUGCCCAGAAUUCUCCUUGACAUUGGAAAUAAUCUUGUCUACCUCUGCCUGGUAUGUGUAUAUAUACAUAUUGUUAUAUGCAACAGCUUCUGUAUCAGCUGAGAAAAUAUGAUACCAUAUGUUUAUCCUUGCAAUAUGACUUGGUAUAUUUCGUCUAUAUAUUUAUUAAUUUAAUAAUUUCAAAAAGGUUAAAAAAUUUUUUGAA